UUUUUUUGUGCACAACAACGCACUCUACCUAUACUGUUUAAGAAACAUAAAAAAGAUGGGGAAAGAGGGUAACAGCAGAAAGCAGCAAAGUUUGAAGAAACCCAAAUUCAAAGAAACAUCAAGAAGACGAACAACAACAAUAAGAAACCGUAUUAAAUGUUGUCUUUUGAAUCACUGAAGAAGAAGAAAACAACAGCACAGCAGAUGUUUUCAUCAUCAUAGUCCGCACCAAGUUUCAUUCAAGUCCGUUACGAUGUUUUCUUCUAGAUUCUUCAGAUUGGUUCUAUUACUUUGUCUUGUCUCCUCUUCCUUCUCCACCGCUUCUCCGUCAAAUUAUACUGCCGCCGAUCAAACUCUUCGGCCGCAAGAAGAGCUCCAGAAGCUGAAACUGAUUAGACAAGAACUCCAAAAGAUCAACAAGCCUGCCGUCAAAACCAUUCAGAGUUCAGAUGGAGAUAUAAUAGAUUGUGUUUUGUCUCAUAAGCAACCUGCUUUUGACCAUCCUCUCUUACAGGGACAGAGACCAAUGGAUCAGCCUGAGCUCCCCGAAGGAUACAUCAAAGAUGAAGAAUCCAAUGAAGAUUCUCAGCUGUGGAGUUUAUCCGGCGAGUUUUGCCCGGAAGGUACGGUCCCGAUUAGAAGAACAACGGAACAAGACAUGUUAAGAGCAAGUUCUGUUCGGAGAUUUGGUCGGAAAAUCAGGCGCGUGAGGAGAGAUUCCGCAAGUAACGGCCACGAACAUGCGGUGGGAUACGUAUCCGGGAGACAAUACUACGGAGCAAAAGCUAGUAUAAACGUAUGGUCACCACGCGUCAGUAGCCAACACGAGUUCAGUCUUUCUCAGAUUUGGGUUAUAGCCGGUUCGUUCACUCACGAUCUUAAUACCAUCGAAGCCGGUUGGCAAAUUAGUCCGGAGCUAUACGGAGAUACAUACCCAAGAUUCUUUACCUAUUGGACGUCCGAUGCAUACCGAUCAACGGGUUGCUACAAUUUGUUGUGUUCCGGUUUCGUUCAAACCAACCGUCGAAUCGCCAUAGGAGCUGCGAUUUCUCCUAGAUCUUCCUAUAGAGGUGGACAAUUCGAUAUAAGCUUAUUGAUCUGGAAGGAUCCAAAGCACGGUCAUUGGUGGCUACAAUUCGGGUCGGGUACAUUAGUCGGUUACUGGCCAGCGUUUCUAUUCACGCAUCUAAAGCAACAUGGGAGCAUGGUACAAUUCGGAGGCGAGAUUGUGAACACCCGACCUGGUGGUUCACACACUUCGACCCAAAUGGGCAGUGGCCAUUUCGCCGGUGAAGGUUUUGGUAAAGCAUCUUAUUUCCGGAAUCUCCAAGUGGUUGAUUGGGACAAUACUCUUCUUCCCGUUUCGAAUCUAAAGAUCCUCGCAGAUCAUCCCAAUUGUUAUGAUAUAAGAGGUGGGACGAAUCGUGUAUGGGGUAACUAUUUUUAUUAUGGAGGUCCAGGAAAAAACCCUAGAUGUCCAUGAAGAAUCAAGAAACGUACGUUACUAUUAUUCUUUACAUGUGUUGGCUUAAUGAUUUUUGGGAUUAGAAAGGAAUUUACAAGUAUCUUUGCGGCUAGGUGUUUUGCAAAUAUCAUGUGGAUGAAUUUAUCACCACGAGGGCACUUUGUUUUUGUUUUUUUUUUCACAAAUGGUAGUUGUUUUUUUUUUUUUUUUUUGUUUAACCUGGGGGUAUCCCAGGCCCAGAAGGCCCAGACUAAUCCCCAAGGGGAAGGAAUGCCCACGGAUAGACGCCCCUCCCAGUUUUUCAAAUGGGCCGAAAGCAUGGCCCAUAUCCGUGUGGGUGACAAGAGCGUUGCAAGGUAGUUCCCUCCGGCGUGGAUCGAACCCCCUACCUGGGUGCAGGCGGGGACCCGUCCUAACCAUUGGGCUACAACGUCUUGUCUAAAUAUCAUGUGUCAUACUUUUUUGUUUGUUUUAUUUUUAGGAAAUUGUGAUAUUCUAUGGAUUUUUGUAAUUUGUAAAUGUAGACAAUUCGUAAGACCGAAUGGCGAAUGUUGUAUUGUUAUGUCGUAUACUCGUAUCAAAUGCCUUCUCAACUUUAACUU